GCCUCCUCCUCUGAACAUCUUUUCUUUGGGAUUAACCAUGGGGAAGGAGCAGGAGCUUCUUGACGCGGCGCGCACCGGGAACCUGGCCGCGGUGGAGAAGCUUUUGUCCGGGAAGCGACAGUCCGCCGGCGGCUCGUCUGGCACCGCUGGAGGCGGCAACAGCGGCGCCUCCUCUCACCCGCUCUCCAGCCUGCUCAGUAUCUGGAGAGGCCCCAAUGUGAAUUGUGUGGACAGCACUGGAUACACGCCUCUGCACCACGCCGCCCUCAACGGACACAGCGACAUAGUGGAGGCGCUGCUACGGAACGAGGCCUUGACCAACAUUGCCGACAACAAGGGCUGCUACCCUCUCCAUCUGGCUGCGUGGAAGGGAGACGAGCACAUCGUAAAGCUUCUCAUUCACCAGGGACCCUCACACCCCAAGCUCAACGAGCAGAGCUCUGUAGAGCAUAAAGAGUUCAAACGCUGUGGGCCCUUUGACCCCUAUAUUAAUGCCAAGAACAACGACAACGAGACGCCGCUGCACUGCGCCUCCCAGUACGGCCACACCCGAGUGGUGCGCCUCCUGCUGGAGGAGCUGACCGACCCCACCAUGAGGAACAACAAGUUCGAGACGCCGCUGGACCUGGCAGCGCUGUACGGCCGACUGGACGUGGUGAAGCUGCUGCUCAGCGCUCACCCCAACCUGCUCAACUGCAACACCAAGAAACACACGCCUCUCCACCUGGCCUCUCGGAACGGACACCUCCCUGUGGUGGAGGUGCUUCUGGGCGCAGGCAUGGACAUCAACUACGAGACAGAGAAAGGCAGUGCCCUCCACGAAGCGGCUCUGUUUGGGAAGAGAGACGUUGUGCAGAAACUUCUCAGUGCAGGAAUCGACGUAAACAUCGUCGACCAGAAGGGCCUGACAGCGCUGGACACUGUCAAAGACAUGCCCUCUAAGAAAAGCAGAGAAAUAGCUGCUCUUAUUCAUGGUCACAUGUUUGGAAAACCCCCCACCAUUGACCUACCACCUCCACCCAUCCCUCCACCCCAGGAGAGUACCAGCCCAAGAAAGAAGGCUGAACUGGAGAGGGUGACCGAGCUGAUCUCAGGGUUCGCCCCCGACCCCGAGGAGGAGAGCCCGUACGAAGCUCUGUUUGAAGCCACUUCCUGCCACUCUUUGGACAGCCUCACCAGCGGCAAGUCCUCCGACAGGGACUCAGGACGGCCGGAUAGUGAAUUUGGCAAGAAAGAUCGUUCUGUCCAAUCAUCACAUCCUGGUCCUGGACAUGAAGAGGAGCUGAGCUCAGAGGCCACUUUUCCAAACAGCAGCAUGGAUGAAAGGAGAGAGCCUGCUGAAGAAGAGGAGGAUCACACAUACGAGUUGUUGCUGACCGCACAAACCAAAGUCCCACCACCCAGCCAGGCGUCCAAGUCCAAUAAAGAUGAGAAGACCACGCAGUCGUCCAACAGUGUCCUACCUCAGCGCAAACCCUCUGCACUCCCAAACGACCUCAGACCCCCAAGCAAGACGAAAGACAGUCUGCACCCCCCUGCAGGGAUGGGCCCCCAAGCACCAGGAGAUAACUCCCAGCUCAGCCAGGACCAAGGAGCAGGUGUCCCGGAGCAGUUCACCGGCCUCCUGCACGGAUCCUCUCCCGUCAUCGACAGCCGGGAAGACGCCUUCAAGCUCCCCGGUGCUCCACCGCCCAUCCAAGGCCAGCAAGAAGUAAGGAAAUCCACCAAAGCAAAAGUGGAAGUACGAGCCAAGUCGCCUUCUCUUAACCGACCCAGCAUGGCCGCCAUCCUGACAGACUGCGACCCAAAAGCUAUUUACGCCACGGUGAACAAGGAGCCCAGGGACUCGGUGGCAGGAGCCGGGGUUAGGAUGCGCCCUCCUGGAGACCUGAAACUGGCGCGCAGCCUUUCCAAGUCUGACUCUGACUUGCUCGUGUCUCCUCCCGGUGAGGAGGAAGGCGGACUGGGGAACCGCAGUGAGUCCGUGUCCAACUGUUGCACGGGCAAGAAGAGGCUAGAAAAAUCUCCGUCUUUCACCUCAGAGUGGGACGAGAUCGAGAAGAUCAUGACGCUGAUCGGAGCGGGCAUCGAGUCUUCCAGAGAUCAGCAAGGUGCUGCAGGCCGGCUGCUGGAUCAGCCUGUGGGGGACUGGCUGGAGCACGUGGGGCUGCCGCAGUACGAGAGCAAGCUGCUCCUGAAUGGCUUUGAUGAUCUACACUACAUGGGGAGCAACGUGAUGGAGGACCAAGACCUGAGGGAGAUUGGAAUCACAGAUCCGAGCCACAGAAAGAAGAUCCUGCAUGCAGCACGCUCGUUCCCAAAGGUGAAAGCUUUGGGAUGUGACGGCAGCAGCUCUCUGUCCUCCUGGCUGGAGAAUCUGGGUCUCCAUGAGUACUUGCACAGCUUCCUGGCCAGCGGCUACCGCACUCUGGACUGUGUGAAGAACCUGUGGGAGCUGGAGAUCGUCAAUGUGUUAAAAAUUACCUUGCUUGGUCACAGAAAACGCAUCAUUGCCUCCUUAGCAGAACGGCCUUACGAGGAGCCUCCUGUCAAACCUCCUCGCUUGUCUCAGAUCAGGUUCCAGGACCUGCCUGGGUCUCAGACCUCGUCUCCGCUCAGUCAGAUGGACUACACAGGACGCUCCAUGGACCCUCUGCUGCCUGCAGGGGAGCAGAGCAGAAAGAAAGUUCCAGAUACGGAGUGUGAUGUUAGCCAGAGAUACUGCAGCGGACGACUCAGACAGGAGCAGUAUGAAGAGGUGCAUCAAGAGCCCCGUCUGACCCUGCGGCCGCCUAGUUUAGCAGCACCGUACGCCCCGGUGCAGAACUGGCAUCACCAGCCUGAGAAACUCAUAUUUGAAUCCUGCGCAUACAAAGCCAAUUACCUUGGCUCCAUGCUCAUUAAGGAACUGAGGGGUACCGAGUCCACGCAGGAUGCUUGUGCCAAAAUGCGGAGGUCCACAGAGCAAAUGAGAAAAGUCCCAACGAUCGUCCUGUCGAUCACCUACAAGGGUGUGAAGUUCAUCGACGCAGCCAACAAGAACAUCAUCGCAGAGCACGAGAUCCGCAACAUAUCCUGUGCAGCCCAGGACCCAGAGGACCUGUGUACGUUUGCCUACAUCACUAAAGACCUUCAGACCAGCCACCAUUACUGCCAUGUCUUCAGCACCGUGGAUGUGAACCUGACUUAUGAGAUUAUACUAACCCUGGGCCAGGCCUUUGAGGUGGCCUAUCAGCUGGCUCUGCAAGCGCAGAGGUCCAAACAGCAGCAGAAUCUCCCCGGAGGAACCAGCUCAGAGCUCAUUGAGACCAGGUCCAGUCGGCCUGUGCCCAAACCACGGGGCAGUGUUCGGAAGUCAGGGGGGGAUAUGGUGGACCAAGAGGGGGGGUCUCAGUCCCAGGCCAGUGCCGCAUGGCUCAUGGACCCCAAGGACUCCAAGCGCACCAUCAGCACUAAGCGACGGCCGCUCUGAAGGCUUUUCACUCUGUUCUUUCACCUCCUGACGACUCAGCGCGCUGACAAAACCAGAUUAACCACGUUCAAGAGCGACCCGC